CUGCAUGACUGGGCAGGGCUCCGGCUGCCUCCAGCCAGAGGAAUCGUCAGCACCGCUCCUCUCGAUCAGUGCAGAAGACACAGGCACGCACAACCAGGAGACCCAGCAUGUCAGAGAGCCACAGCGAUGCCACGGCAGAGGGACAGGGCGCCCCUGAGCCCACCACGGAAGAGCCACCCUGCGCUGAGCUGAAAGCUGCUUCUGAGAAAUGCAUUAAAGAAAAGGGAGGAGAGGCAUGCAAGGAGCUGCUGGAGGCAUACCACUCGUGUCUGCGGGCACUGGGCACGGCCCACCAAGAUCUAGAAGCCAACCCCUUGCCGCCAAGUCACUGAGGGACCUGCUUGACUGAGUCUUCCGGCUCCCAAAACUCCAUGGCACUCAAGAAGCAAAAUUCCAGGGUGGGGACUGUGCAGGGAUGGAGGCGACGCUCCUGGGAGCCGCUGGAACAAGGGCUCCCAAGUGCAAUAAAGCCCUUUUAUUUUA